GUUAUCAAUUAAUAAAUGAAAUCGUUGUUUUAGCAUUACCAGGAUAACAAGGGUGACUCCGAUUCUGGUUUAAAUUUUUGUCACAAUUGUUGCGAAUGUUUUCAAUAUUAACUUGUUCAUGCUGCUGCAAAUCAUUAUGAAAUCAAUGUGAAACAAUCGUGAUUGUUUCAUCCACUAUAUCGCAAAAGUAAACAGACUUAUCUGGAUCAAGUUAUCAUGUGAAUAUUGUACAUGUGUUCAAAAUGGUGAAUUUUUUAUCCUCUUCAACCUGGUUUCCAUAUAAUCUACGAGAAUGGCUUCAUUAUUAAUGCAAGUUUUUGAUGAAAGCUCAAUUCAAUAAAUUGUUGAUUUAUCACCAAAGUGAUUGAAAAUGUUCAAAUCGAUGAAAAAUUUUGCAUUUUUCUAUCAAUUCUCUUUUUUUACUGAAUAACAGAAUUAAAUUUACCGGUGAAUUAGUUAAGUAAACAUUAAAACUGUUUUCUAUUAUUAUCUACUUGAUCUGUAAACCUGACUCAUUGAUAGCUUCUAAUUGACAUUCUAGUUUUACAUGCAGCAAUGAAUGGAGAGGUAAUAUGUUCAUAAAGAUUGAUAAAAAGAUUUAUGCUGAUGAUGAUUAACGAUUAUACAAAAAGAGCAACUACAAUCAACAGAAUUCAUCUGUAACCAUAAUAAAUUACCAUUGCAUGAAUAAAAAUGUAUCUUACUGUUUUGUCCUUUGCUAUUUUGACUUUUGCUGGUUUGAACCCAGACCAUUUUUUUUGCUGCAAAACAUUUGUUUGAUCCUAAUUUUUUGAUUUAAAUCAAAAUUUUGUUUCAGUGAACAUCUUUUGAUUAUUUGCUGAUCAACUUUCACCAUGUUUUUUACACCGAGUCAAUCAUUUUCCGACCUGAUGGAAAGUGAACUCCAAGAAUCACAAAAUGAAAACAAUAGUUUAUUAAGGACUCUCAUACCUGAUGAGGGAACAAUCAAACAUUAUUUAUGUGAUGAGCCAUCAGCUUAUUCCUGUCGACAGUUUUCUAGCUUACUAACGAGUACCAUGGAAAUUGUACAAAAUGAUUGCUCAGAUAUGGAGUUGGAUCAGUUAAUCCAUGACCAAAGUACACCAGAACUUUUAUCAACUUCAACACCAGAUUCGAGCGGCAAUAAUUUACCAGACAUUCUAUCUAAUCGUCAACUUGUCACUAACACUAGACGCGAAAAUUUAAAGUUAAACUUUAUACUUUUAGUUAAACAUGGAUACAAGUUGACACUAACAUUAAACACAGACAAUUCUCAGGUGACUGAAACAUGGCAUUCAAAUGUGGUUAAGCAGAUAUUAGCGACUCAGUUCUCUUCGAUAAGUUUAAAGUCUGAAUACAUGUCGAAGCAGUUAACAUUGGAUCGCUUUGAACGUUUAUAUAUGGAUGAAGCGAUUACUGCUUUUCAGGGUAAAACAAAUUUUCAUUUAACGUUAAGCUUAUCCGACAAAAGCAAUUCAAAACUAAAAGCAAAUCCAAAUGCACUUGCUUCGAUGUGCAAUGGAAUCAGAGGUUUCAGGAAACUUGAAAGAUGUGACAAAAUAACUCUUUUGUCAAACACAUUUUAUGAUCUCUUCCUCAUGAAAGGAAUAGUCAACUACGAUCCAGCAAUUGAUGGUUGGGAAUUUCCAGAAUCUGGAUUGACUUUUGAUCGAAGAGAUGUAUUUCUUUUUGACCGAUUCUUGAAUGAUGGUCUAACGCAUAUCAUCGAAACCUUUCCAGAUCGAUUUAGAAAUGACCCCAAAGCUGUACUGCUUAUUUACCUAUUAAUAAUCUUUAACCCUGAUCUACCUGAUCUGAAGCACUCCGAGAUUGUUAGAUAUGAACAACUAACUUAUGUAUAUUUGCUUGGACGUUACUUGAGGACAGUUUGUGAUUCCGACUGUGAAGCUUCAGACAACCAUUACAGGUUGAUGGCUAAAAUUGAUCAGGUCAAACUGUUACGAAAAAAGCUUGUUAAACAGCUUCCCUUGAUGAUGAUUGGAAGCUUGGAAAAUAGCAUUUCAAAUGCCAUUUGACCAAACUUGUAAGCUCAAUGGAUAUUCCUUUUUUGCUGAUAUACAUUCUUCGGUAGGAAUAAUACGCUUCAAUUUUGUGUCAACUUAAUUGGUUUUGAGUUGAGUUGGAGAUUCAGAACGCAUGUGAAAAAGUGAUCAACAGAUGAUGAACAGUAUUAUUUUGAAUUAUGUUAAUUUUGAAAAUUAUCCCAUCUUGAUCAACUUUCAAGGUAAACUUUCAACUUUUAUUUCCUUUGAAAGCCAUGGCAUUCAUUGGCAAAGCAAUAUACUACAGCGACUGUCAUCGCCAAAAAAUACUCGAAAGAUGGCAGCUAUUAAUGCUUUUGCCAUAUUCACCAUUUGCAGUUCAAUACAUACAAUAUAAAGUUGAAACAUGAAUUUUUUUGCAGGAAAAUUGUGAAAAAACUGAACGGGUUUAAAUGAAAAUUUAAGCAUGACAACAUCAAAGCAAUGAUUGAACUACAAUUGCGAAAAUAACAGAUAGAACAGAUCAGUUCGAUUUUCAUUCAAAUCUCCCCAUUCUGUGACUAGAAGGAUUAGAGAGCUGAAAUUUGUUAUUAGUCGAUAAAAAUUGUUGGUACACUUCAUGGAUUGACCAGAACAGUUUAGACAAGUUUAACCAGAAAAUUGGUUUAUUUACCAAAAAAUGUGUUGAGAUGAGUUUGUUUUGUUGAAUAAGUUGUUGCUCGUGCAUUUAGAUAGUUUUUGAGCUGAAUUGAAUCAUUCAUAAGCAAAGGAUUGCAUUGGUGAAAGAAUGAUGAUUUUGUAUGACUCCAUUCUCGAAAUAUUGAGGCGUAAAGUUUCAAGACCAAUGGCCGAAAUGAAAAGAACUUUGGGUAAAUUGGAAAAAGUGUUCAAUCCAUGAAGUGGUCCAAUAAUUUUCAUCAACUAACAACAAGUUUCAGCUCUCUAAUCCUUUUAGUCACAGAAUGCGCAAGGUUUCAAUGAAAAUCGAACUUGAUCUACAGAAACUCGAUUCUUUCAAUUGGUCAUAUUCGCUGCAAAUUGUAAGACCAGAAACAUUUAACUCUUUUCAACCAUUUUAGUGCCAAGUUUAGUCAUUAUUCUAGUAGUUUUUUGCCUUUAUCAUAACUAUGGUUUUUGAUCGUCUCAGAGCAUCUUCCGCUGCUAGGAUCUAUUACCAAUUAAUGGUCUAAUUUCAAUUUAACGACUUCACUUUGAAUUAUUUAUGCAUUAUUCAAUAGCAUAGCAUGUAAGCAACCAUUUUCAAUCACAAUCAUUGUGCGACUAAUUUGAUGAGCGAUUGAAUAAAAUGUCUAAUGAUCAAUUGUUCUGAGUAGUCGGUAAAAUUACGCAUUCUAUUUAUAAUCAAUGAACUUAAUUAUUACCAUUGAUAUUUGUAGACAGUUAAGAAAAUAAAAGACAAUUAAACUUAUUGAUUUAUAAA